AUGAGUAGAUGGGAAAGCCUGAGCAUACUACUGGCGAUCUUGUAUAGUAGUGGGGGAGUCGCCUUGCAGCAAGGUGUUGGUCACAGACAACAGGAAGAGCCGGAUCACUCGAUUGAAGCAGUGUCGCCUCUGGAAGAAGAAGUCCCGCCGAAGGCUCCCAUCACCAUGGAUGCAUACUGGGACGGGGAUGACCCGAAUUUGAACAUGUUGAACCAAGUCGACUGGGCUGGGCUCCAGUCCAAACCGCCUCCCUCUAGCUAUGACAAUUACCGUACGGCUGCUAAAAUCAAAUUUAUGAUGCCGGACCUGACGUGGAAUCCAGAAUUCCCAGUGACUAUCCCGGAUGAGGUCCUGUCGGCGAAGCUGCCUGUAGGAGCUCUUUCGCGAUUUAUGUUGCAAGAUCCAGGUCCGAAGUUCGAGGCAAUGGUGCAGGAUCUGCACACACCUGAUUACAUGCUCGACGUUAAUAAUAAGGCUGACGGGUCUUCGAGAUUGGUCAAACGGGUGUCCGAAACACAGCUGCAAACAGACUCUGGCGUGGACCUCAGCGCUAUCGUCCCUCACCUGUCGGAUAUUCCCACGGCGCCUCCGCCGAUCGAUCCGGACCUGCAGUAUGUCCCUCGAGGAGCUUCAGAGGCCGUUCGAAAGCAUCCUGUCAAGAUUGCUGUGAAUGUGGACGACAACGGGCGUGAACUUUGGCAGACCGUUGAACGUCACGUCUUCGGUGAUGAUGCAGAGCGUGCUGUACCUCGGAAGAUUCCUAAUAAGAUCGAGGAGCUCAAGGAGACUGUGAAGAAAUCAGCUUUCCUUCAACGGACUAAAGGAGGAGGGAAGGGCAAAAGCGCUCCUAAGGAGAAAAAGUGCGACCCGAACAGCUACGACCCCAGCAAGAAGUUCGAACCAUGCAAGCACAUAGAGUAUCGAGCAGCGUCGAGACCGGAGCAUGAUGAUGAAAGUGAAGGGAAGGAAAUAUGA